AUGCUUGGAUUAAAGUCUCAUCAUAAAGAACUGAUCAAGCUGAGCAGGAAUUGCGUUCCGAAGCUCACACCGCAAUUGUACAAAGGUCAGUGCGGUAAGAUAUGCGUUGUUGGUGGUUGUGAAGAGUACACUGGUGCUCCUUACUUUAGUGCACAUGCAGCUUCGAUCUUUGGAAGUGACUUGGUUUACUUGCUGUGUGAAAAGAGGGCCGGAUUACCGAUUAAAGGGUACUCUCCAAACCUUAUGGUGCAUCCAUACUUGGGUGACACUUAUAGUUCUACGCAUGGGUUUCAAUUUGAAUUUGAGAAAGUUGCUUCGGUAGUUCAAAGGUGUCAUGUGUUGGUAGUGGGGCCUGGGUUGGGAAGAGACGAACAGAUUAUGCAGGAAGUACUUCAGCUCGUUGAAGAAGCUCCGAGUUUAGGUGAUGACAAUGAUCGGUGUUUAGUUUUAGAUGCAGAUGGAUUGUUCCUUUUAGCUUCUGAAAACCAUACGGAAAGAAUGCAAAAGGCAUUGAAAGGGUAUGGUGAUAAUCGUGUCGUUAUCACUCCGAAUGCAGUCGAGUUGAAGCGAAUCAUGAAUGCGUUGAACGUGGAUUCGGUGGAAAAAGUUAGUGAGAAGCUUGGAUGUAUCACUGUUGCAAAGGGACAAAAUGACAUUAUCGUUAAUUCUCAAGGUGAACGUUGGGAAAACGACGUUCAGGGAUCUAUGAAAAGAUGUGGUGGUCAGGGUGACACACUGACCGGUAUAAUCGCAACCAUGUUUGGUUUCUCUCGUGCAGUGCAUGAUUUCAAAUUGGAAACAAUAGUAGAAGAAGGUAACGGAGAAAAUCUUCCUUGGUCCAAAAUGGCUAUGCUAUCUUGUUUCAUCGGAUCUACUGCAACAAGAAUGGCUAGCAGGGCUGCUUAUGAUAAGGUAGGCAGACAAUUGCAAACUACUGACAUGAACAACAUGGUGGGAGAAGUGUUCAAUGAGUUAUACCCUCCUUCACAGUGA